GCAGCUAAUCAGCCACCGUCGACAAUUCAUUAGCGUGUUUCGUAGCACCACUAUCCUUGUUUAACAUGUUCCGUUUCGUGUUCGCUGCUACCCUGCUCGUGGCCACCGUUGUGGCGGGACCGCUCGAUCGGCCCUACUCGCAACACCAAAACCCGGACGCUCAUGCCCAGAUUGUAGCGUACGAGAAUGUGCUGAAGGACGAUGGUCACUACAGCUAUAGCUACGAGACGAGCAACGGUAUCGCUGCCCACGAGGAAGGUCUCGGAGCUCACAGUGCCAACGGUGUCUUCUCUUACACCGGACCGGAUGGUGUGCAGUACCGUGUUGUGUACGUAGCCGACGAGAACGGAUUCCAGCCCCAGGGUUCUCAUCUGCCGACGCCGCCACCAACUCCCGAGCACGUGUUCAAGACGCUCGAGCAGAUCCGUGCCAACCCGCCCAAGGACCAGAAGGACUUCAGUCUGGAAGCGCUCGAUGCCACCAUCGCUCGGCUGCGACAGUACUAAAGUGCUGGAGUGCUGGAUCGGAACUGGAUCAUACCCUUCUCAGGAUGGAAAUCACUAGCCAACGCUCAUCUCAUCGGACGUCCUGUGUGUGUUAGGACAUGCAUCAAUCACUUCACUUUGCCAUUUCGCCCAUUCACCACGCAGUAGGAUUAAGUAGAAAAAUUAAAUUUCGUUGUUGAAUUUGUUUGUUAUCCCCAAUCGGAAAUGAAAUAAAACCGGUGUCAAAUAUUAUAGGUAUGUUGUUUUAUUUACGUACAGAGUUUAAGAACAUUAAUGAAGAGAACCAGAAAUUAAGUCGGAUUAAAUAAUUUCUAGAAGUAGUUACAUGAUCGGAUUACACAUUGACCCAAUAACCAACAUUGGAUUAACUUUGUUCUUUCUUUUUUCGGUCAAACCCUUCGACUCAGAAA